AUCCUCUCUCUCUCUCUCUUACUCGAUAAAGAUAACAUCAUCUUUUGAAAUGGGAUCGAUCAGCGAAUCUGCACCUACGGCGAACUCUUCUACGACGGUGGUGAUGAGCUCUAUUCCGCCGUUUCUGAGCAAGACUUACGACAUGGUUGACGAUCCAUCGACUGAUGAGGUGGUGUCUUGGAGCAGCGGGAGCAACAGCUUCGUUGUCUGGAACGUGCCUGAGUUCUCUAAACAGUUCCUACCGAAGUACUUCAAGCACAACAACUUCUCCAGCUUUGUCAGACAGCUCAACACUUAUGGUUUCAGAAAAGUUGAUCCAGACCGCUGGGAAUUCGCAAACGAGGGAUUUUUAAAAGGCCAAAAACAAUUACUAAAGAGCAUUAUCCGUCGCAAACCCACUCAGGUGCAGCCUCCACAGCAGCCUCAAGUCCAACACUCAUCCGUCGGCGCCUGCGUCGAAGUGGGCAAGUUCGGACUCGAAGAAGAAGUCGAAAGACUCCAGCGUGACAAGAACGUCCUCAUGCAAGAACUCGUUCGGUUAAGGCAACAACAGCAAGUCACAGAACAUCAUCUCCAGCACGUGGGGCAGAAAGUCCACGUGAUGGAGCAGAGGCAGCAGCAAAUGAUGUCUUUCCUAGCAAAGGCUGUUCAGAGUCCAGGCUUCUUAAACCAGUUCUCACAGCAGAGUAAUAAUGAGGGGAACCAGCACAUCUCUGAGAGCAACAAGAAGAGGAGGCUACCCGUUGAGGAUCAGAAGAAUAGUGGUGGUAGUAGCCAGGGGCUUAACGGUCUUAGCCGCCAGAUUGUGAGGUACCAGUCAUCGAUGAACGAGUCAGCAAACAGUAUGCUUCAGCAGAUACACAAUAUGGGUAACACGCAUACUAACAAUCACGGUAGCUUUCUUUUGGGAGAUGUUCCGAAUCCUAACCUUUCAGACAACGGAAGCUCCUCAAACGGACCAUCCGGAGUUGUUGCAUUCACUGAUGUUUCAUCUAAUACAACAAACCAAGUCUUGGAGACCAAUUUGCCUUAUCCUCAACCUCAAGCUGAUCUGUUAGCUCCAAAGCAAGGAGCAGAAGGAGGUUCUGGGAGCCCAAGUCCGGAUCUAGUUGGAGGCGAGAGGGAUACUGGAGAGUGUCUGGAUCCAAUAAUGGCUGUUUUGGAUGGCUCAAUGAUGUUGGAAACCAAUGAGUUGCUUCCUGGAGUACAAGACUCAUUGUGGGAACAGUUCUUUGGUGAGAGCUCAGGGAUUGGGGACUCGGACGAACUAGUCUCAGGGUCGGUGGAUAAUGAGUUGAUAAUGGAGCAGCUGGAGUUACAACCCAACCUGAGGAAUGUGUUGAGCAACAAUCAACAAAUGAACCAUCUUACUGAACAGAUGGGACUUCUCACAUCAGAUGCUCUCAGGAAAUGAAUUCGCCAUAAUCUUUACUCAAGAGAUGUAGAAGAUGGGUUGAGAUUGCAGCAACAAAGGGAUAAUGGCCAAAGGAAGUGGUGUUGUUAUGUAUCUAUGUAUCAAAACUUGUGUUACUCUCAUUCUUGACGUUGUGUAAUAUAAUAAGAGAAAAGAGAAAUAAUGGCCUUAAUGAUUUUUUGCGUUAUAUAGUAUAAAUUCUAUAAAUUAAUAUUCAAUAAUAUUUUUUUUAUGAAA